UACGAAGGAAAAGGAUAGCAAGAAGAAGUAUAAACCACGCGCUUCGAUGAAGGUUCAGAAGCUGAAAUUGGUCGUGCCACCACCAAAACUGGAAGAACCGCUCAAGUGUCAGAUUUGUAGGGAACAUUUUCAUAACAAUCUCGACUUUGCCUUCCAUUCCAAAAUGCACAACGAAGACAACGCGUACACCUGCCAUCUAUGCGACUACAGAAAUCUCAACAAAAAUCUACUCGAAACCCAUGUGAGAUCGCAUGAUGGCAUCAAAAAAUACAAAUGUGAUUUAUGCCCUAAGGACUUCAGGAGAUUUAGAGACGCCACAGAACACAAAUUAUCUCACAAUAACGCACAGCCGCACUUUCAAUGCGAGAUCUGCGGCAAAAACUUUUCUCUGUCCAGACGUCUGGCUCAGCAUAGAAUGACCACCCACUACGAGAAGGUGACUGGAAAGAAACUGGACAAAUUUGACUGCAAGAUUUGCAACAAGCACUACGCGUUCAAGACCGGUUUGAUCAGGCAUAACUCGGUGCAUCACAAGGAACUGGGACAGGAUUGUUCGGUGGUUUGCGACCAGUGCGGCAAGCGUAUAGCAACGAAAGACAAGCUGAAAUACCAUCUGCGUAUCCAUACAGGUGAUAAGCCGUUCAGUUGCAAAUACUGCGACAAGGGUUUCGUGAAGAAACAGGAAAUGAAGAUCCACGAAAGGGUGCAUACAGGCGAAAAGCCGUUCACUUGUCAGUAUUGUGAGAAAAAGUUUGCUCAACUUGCUCCGUUCAAGUACCACGUCAAGAUACAUACCGGGGAGACGACGCACUUUUGUAAGCUGUGUAAUAAGGGAUUUAUUUCGAAUAGCAACAUGAAGAGCCAUAUGAAGAACUGCGUGCCUUCCAGAUUAUCUGUAUGUGAAAUGUGCGGGAAGAGGAUCUCGAACAGAACGAGAUUGGUGAGACACAUGAGGACCCAUACAGGUCAAAAGCCAUUUCCAUGUGAAGUUUGCGGCAGAGGUUUUGCUAGUAAAUGCUUGGUUACUUCUCAUAUGAGAGUCCACACUGGGGAGAAACCAUACGUCUGUGCGUAUUGUGGUAAAAGGUUUGGGCAGUCCGCUCCGUAUAGAUACCAUGUGAAAAUACAUACAGGGGAGAAGAAGUAUGUUUGUACGCUCUGUGGGAAAGGGUUUAUUUCCAAUAGCAAUCUGAAAAUUCAUAUGAAAACUUGUUUCAAGCACCCUAAAUAA